CCUCCUCCUCGCAAACCGCUUCCAACCCGAGACCACGCUCCCCGCCGGAUCGAGCAGCUAGGGUUUCGCUUGCUUCCUCUCUCUCUCUCUCUCUCGCGCGAGGCGGCGGCGAGAUGUUCGGGCGCGCGCCGAAGAAGAGCGACAACACGCGGUACUACGAGGUGCUGGGGGUUCCCAAGGAUGCGUCCCAGGACGACCUCAAGAAGGCGUACCGCAAGGCCGCCAUCAAGAACCACCCCGACAAGGGCGGAGACCCCGAGAAGUUCAAGGAGUUGGCUCAGGCUUAUGAGGUGCUGAGUGAUCCUGAGAAGCGUGAAAUCUAUGAUCAGUAUGGUGAAGAUGCUCUCAAGGAGGGGAUGGGUCCUGGUGGGGGAAUGCACGAUCCAUUUGACAUUUUCUCCUCGUUCUUUGGAGGUGGCGGCUUUGGAGGUGGUAGCAGUAGGGGCAGGAGGCAGCGCAGGGGAGAGGAUGUGGUUCAUCCUCUGAAGGUUUCUUUGGAUGAAUUGUACAAUGGCACAUCAAAGAAGCUCUCCCUCUCUCGCAAUGUGAUCUGCUCCAAGUGCAAUGGCAAGGGUUCGAAGUCUGGAGCUUCCAUGAAGUGUGCUGGUUGCCAAGGUUCUGGUAUGAAGGUUCAAAUUCGCCAGUUGGGGCCAGGAAUGAUUCAGCAAAUGCAACAUCCCUGCAACGAGUGCAAGGGAACUGGCGAGACCAUCAAUGACAAGGAUAGAUGCCCAGGUUGCAAGGGUGAGAAGGUAGUGCAGGAGAAGAAGGUUCUUGAGGUGAUGGUCGAGAAGGGCAUGCAGAAUGGACAGAAGAUCACCUUCCCUGGCGAGGCUGAUGAAGCGCCUGAUACUGUGACUGGAGACAUUAUCUUCGUCCUCCAGCAGAAGGAGCAUCCCAAGUUCAAGAGAAAGGGAGAUGACCUCUUCUACGAGCACACCCUGACACUCACUGAGGCGCUUUGCGGCUUCCAGUUUGUUCUCACUCACCUGGACAACCGGCAGCUGCUCAUCAAGUCCAAGCCGGGUGAAGUCGUCAAACCUGAUUCAUUCAAGGCUGUCAAUGACGAGGGCAUGCCGAUGUACCAGCGGCCAUUCAUGAAGGGGAAGCUCUACAUCCACUUCUCUGUGGAGUUCCCCGACUCCCUGAACCCCGACCAGUGCAAGGCCCUCGAGACCGUCCUCCCGCCGAGGCCGGUGUCGCAGUACACGGACAUGGAGCUCGACGAGUGCGAGGAGACCAUGCCGUACGACGUCAACAUCGAGGAGGAGAUGAGGCGGCGGCAGCAACAGCAGCAGCAGGAGGCCUACGACGAGGACGAGGACAUGCACGGCGGCGGCGCCCAGCGCGUGCAGUGCGCCCAGCAGUAAGCAGCAAAAGCGCCGUGCACGUUCUUGCACGGCUUUGACAGCGGCGACAAAUUGGUUUUCUUUUCGCUCCUCGGGCGAUAAUACUGUCAUCAAGUUUUCCAUGUUAGGCUCGUGAUGAUGUGAUACUACUUUCGGUGCUAUAUAUGAUACUAUUGCGUAUUAAUGACGUACAUCAGUUGGUUCCUGAAACGAAAA